AUGACUAACGAAGAAUUGUUGCAAUCUCAAAUUAAGAAGCUCGCCGUACUGAAAUCUACACGGGAAAAGUUAUUUGCUCAAGUUCAAAACUGUUAUGACUCCGUGAAGAGAACCACCGUUGAUACAGCUCUUCAGUUCAAGCCUCGGUACGAAAAACUAGAGGUUAUUGAGAUAGAAAUGGAUAAGACUCAGAAUGCAAUUAUUCAGCUAAAUGCAGAUUUAUUGGAUAAUCGCCAUGCUCUCGAAGUCUACCUGGUGAAGACACAACCUCCGCAGCAAACCAGCAGUAAUUCGGUCGCCAACAGCAACCAGCAUUUGCCCAGAAUAAAUAUCCCUACGUUCACCGGUCGCAUCGAAGAGUGGUCGGCGUUUUUCUCACUGUUCGAUUCGGUUGUCCACAAAAACGAUGCGUUAUCAGAAGCUGAAAAAUUCCAGUAUUUGCGCUCUUAUCUGCGAGAUGACGCAUUAACAGUCAUUGCCAAUUUUCAUUUAACCCCCGAAAAUUACGCACUGGCGUAUGAGGCAUUGCAACUUCGCUACCAGAAUAAAAGACGGUUGGCGACUCACUACGUCAAUCAAAUUCUAGGUUUUACUCCUUUAUCAUCCCCAAGUUCUAGAAGUUUGAGACAUUUUUUGAAUAUUCAUUCGAAUUCCAUUAAUGCUCUUAAGGCUUUGAAUCUUCAAGACCUUGCAACAAGCAUCACUCCGUGUUACACCAGGAGUCCAAGGUGGAUACCUCCGAAACUAACCUCAGCGGAGCGCAACACUGUUUUACUAGCGACUGUGACAGCCCAGAUCCAAGACUGUAAUGGAGAUUAUCACAAGAUAAGAGCUGUGGUUGAUCCCGGCUCUCAAGUAUCAGUGAUUACUUCAUCAACGGCGCAACAUUUGGGAUUAAAAAGAAGCAGAUCUCCCAUUGAAGUUACUGGCAUCGCCAGUUUUCCUGUCCGAACUCAAGGUCUCAUUCGUACCACUCUACGCUCUAGAACUCGUGCUGAUGUCGUAAACGUUCACGCUGUUGUACUUUCGGAUAUUCCUAAUAAAUUUCCUAGUCAGACGUUACCUUCUCACAUUAAGGAUCAGUUCAGUCAUCUAACGUUAGCUGAUGAAAACUUCCAUCAAGCUGCUCGAGUUGAAUUCUUAAUUGGAGCAGAUCUAUAUCCUCACAUUUUAUGUAAUACGCAGCCUAAUGUUAUUCAAGGACAACCCUCUGCCAUUGACACAAUCUUUGGAUGGAUAAUUAUAGGCUCGAUUUCAUCUUCAACAAAUUCCCCCUUGUGUUCUCUUCUCACAUGCAACGAUUCUCUUGAUGAUACCGUUCGUAAGUUUUGGGAAACUGAGACUCUCGCUGAUAACCUUUCAGUCUCCAAUCCUGAAGAUGACUUUUGUCAAGCUUAUUUCAAGGACACGCACUAUCGCGAACGCUCAGGCAGACAUGUGGUAUCAAUGCCAGUCCGUAAGCAGCGCUCGCCGCUUCUCAGCAACCGAGAGACAACUCUGAACACUUAUCUCAAAAUGGAAGCUCGAAUGUCUCGGCGUCCCCAACUCAACGCUGCUUAUAUUACUUUUCUCCAAGAAUACCGCGAUCUCGGACAUAUGCAACUAGCCGCACAACCUUCCAUGUACGUAAUGCCUCAUCAUUGUGUUCAAAAGGAAACUAGUUCAACUACCAAAGUGCGAGUUGUGUUUAACGGAUCCUCCUCUGACCCAAACGGGACAACGCUUAAUCAGCAACUUCUGCCCGGUCCUAAGCUACAAAAGGAUUUGAGCCACAUUCUCAUGAAUUUUCGCCUUCAUGCUAUAGCAGUCACAGCGGAUAUUCAACAGAUGUAUACACAGAUUUGGUUGAAUCCAAAGCAACGUUAUCUCCAGCACAUAUUCUGGAGGCCAGAUCCCGCUUCUAAUGUGCAGGAGUAUGAGUUAAAAACAGUGACAUAUGGUUUAGCACCAUCAGCAUAUCUUGCUCAACGUGUCCUUCUCCAGCUCGUCGAGGACGAAGGGCAUGAGUUCCCAUUGGCAGUACAAGCUAUCACAGAAAGCACCUAUGUGGACGAUAUUGCGCAUGGUGCCUCUACAGUUGAGGAAGCGAAGUCGCUACAGUUACAACUCGCAAACCUACUCACUCGUGGCGGUUUCCAGCUGAGAAAAUGGGCUAGUAAUGAUCCAAUUGCUCUAGAUCAUGUUCCAGAACAGCAUCGUGAAUCUCCGUUGAAUUUCUCAAGUGACGAUCCUUCUAUUAAGAUUCUUGGAUUACGGUGGGAUCCUCGGUCUGAUACUUUCACCUAUUAUGUACAAGAAUUUGAUUCUCAAAUUACCAAGCGCACUGUUCUUUCUUAUAUCGCUCGAAUCUUUGAUCCCAUGGGGUGGUUAUCUCCAAUUGUAUUUUGGGCUAAGCAUUUUCUGCAACAGAUAUGGAUCUCUAAAGUGGGCUAUGAUGAUAUCCUGCCGCCUUCCCUAGCGGAGGCUUGGGGAAGGUUUUCUUCUCAAAUGCGGUGUCUACGCGCACUUAAAAUUCCUCGAUACAUUCUCCAAAGUUUGCCACGUUUGCUCUUGGUGGGAUUCUCGGACGCUUCCUCUAAAGGAUACUCCGCUUGCAUCUAUUUACAUGCGUAUGAUUCCAGUAGCACUUGUAGCAAUUAUCUUUUGAAGGCCAAGAACAAAGUGGCACCCCUCAAGACAUUGACUAUUCCUCGAUUGGAACUCUGUGGAGCGUUGUUAUUAUCUAGACUACUUCGUGAUGUGAUUAAAUCUCUUAAAGCCGUAAGAUUUGAAAAUGUUCAUCUCUAUACCGAUUCUCAGAUUGUCCUUGCAUGGCUCCACACCUCUCCUCAUCUUCUCAAAACCUACGUGGCCAAUCGUGUAGUUCGCAUAUUAGAGCAUACAUCUCUUCACCAAUGGGCACACACAGUGUCGAAUCAAAAUUCAGCCGACUUUGCGUCUCGAGGAUUAUUUCCCGAAGAGAUCAUGGAUUGUCAUUCCUGGUGGAAUGGACCAGAUUUUAUGCAGAAUCCGCCGUCCAAGUGGCCCCUAAGAGGCGAUAAUUAUGUCGCACCCGAAAAGCUCCCUGAGCGUAAAAACGAUCCUAUAGUUUUGCGCAUCCAAGCCGACCCAGAAAAUCCUCUGUAUGAAGUUGUGUCACGAUUUUCUUCAUUUAGUAGACUACAACGCGCUUUCGCAUUUAUUCGCCGAUGGCUACUCCGAAUAAGAUGUCCCGAGAUGAAGGGUCCACUCUCAAGCGAAGAGAUGCGAUACUCGACCUUAUCGCUUGUGCGUCUCACACAGCAAAACCAUUUUCCUCUGCUUAUAGAAGAGUUGCGUUCCAAAGGUCACACCACAACUCCAUUAAGGAAGCUGUUCCCAUUCUUGGAUGCAAUGGGUAUAGUUAGGGUGGGCGGACGGCUACGACACUCCGCCCUUCCCCUAGAUGCGAAACACCCUCUGCUUUUACCUCAGAAAGCUCAUCUCUCGGCUUUAAUUUGCGACUACUAUCAUCUGUACGCUUGCCACGCUGGACCUAGAAGCGUGCAGACGCUUAUACAGCAGAAGUUCUGGAUAAUAUCGAUUCGAUCCCUCCUACGGCAACGCAUUUUUCGCUGCAUUCGCUGUUUUAAGUUUAAAUCGAAACCUGUAUUUCCCUUCAUGGCUGAUCUACCACCAGCUCGAGUUCAACCUAGCAAACCGUUUUCCUCUGUUGGCAUUGACUUUGGCGGACCCUUCACGGUCAGGGAAAGUCGUCGACGUAAGGCCCACACAUACAAAGGGUAUCUCUGUUUAUUCAUAUGUAUGUCUACGAAAGCGGUCCAUUUAGAAAUGGUCUCGGAACUCUCCACGAAAGCCUCGCUCAACAGAUUCACCGCACGCCGUGGUCUACCCUCUGACAUAUACUCUGAUUGCGGACGUAACUUUCUCGGCGCCGCUCGACACCUGAGGGAGGUGAGUCAGUUUCUACGUUCGCACUCCUCUGAGAUAACGAGUUCCUUAACUUCUUUGGAGAUAAAAUGGCAUUUUAACCCUCCAGCCGCCCCCAAUUUUGGCGGCCUAUGGGAGGCUGCGAUCAAAUCCGCAAAGAGUCUCUUGUAUCGAUCAAUCGGCACCUCUCUCUUAACUUUCGAAGAGUACAGCACGCUAUUUUGUAAGAUUGAGGCUGUAUUGAACAGCCGUCCCUUAUGUGCCGUCACCUCUAACCCAGAAGACGCUGUAGAUUACCUAAGCCCUGGACAUUUCUUAGUCGGCAGACCGUUAUUGCAACCUCCUGAAGCUCCCUUGGAGGACAACUUGAAUUGGACCUGUCGGUGGCAACUACUCUCCCAGCUGUAUCAGCGGUUCUGGAAGAGGUGGUCUACGGAGUAUCUCCAUACUCAACUCCAACGUCAGAAGUGGAAUAAGGAUCAACCAAACAUUCAACCCGGCGCCAUUGUCGCAUUGUAUGGCGCAGAAACUACCCCCCUUUCAUGGCCGUUAGGACGCGUACAAGAGGUACAUCCUGGAACCGAUGGAGUCGUCCGUGUGGCCACAGUGAAAACCUCGACCGGUUUAUAUACGCGUCCGGUAAACAAGCUCGUGAUUCUCCCAACCCAAUUCUCAAUGGAGAAUUGA